UGUCGAGAGGAAAGACCUGUUGGAGGAGAUAUUUGUUUAUAAUUUUUAUUUAUUUGCUUGAGAGAGAGAGAGAGUUCCCACCUACUGGUUAACUUCCUAAAUGCCCACAACUGGUCCCAAAGCCAGGAGCUGGGAACUCAGUGUGGGUCUCCCAUGUGGGUGAUGAGGACCCAACUACUUGAGCCAUUGCCACUGCCUCUCCGGGAAAGCUGGAAUGGAUCCGAAGUACAGCCAGGGAUCCGAACCCACACUCUCUGCUCUGGGAUGUGGGCAUCCCAGCUGGUGUGGUGACCAGCAGCCACCCAGCUGCCCUUGCGGAAGUGGUGUUUAAGCACAGAACUGAACGUCAAGGGGCCACCACACAGAGACUGGGCAGUCGGCCAGGCUGAGUAAGCACCGGGCAAGGGCCUGAAGGUGGCCAUGAACUUGGUGUGUUUGAGAAUCAGGAGGAAAGCCAGUGGGCUGGAGCGAGCUGGCAGGGCGGCUUGGAGAGCGAGAGAUGGUUCAGAAGGACCUUUUUGUAGAUCAGGAAGAGUUUAGAUUUGAGUCACAGUGCCAUGAGAAGUCACUGGUGGGUUUUAAGCAGAAUACAGUAUGAUUAACUAAAAGAUGAGUUUUUUAGGAUGCCUGAAAUUUGCUUCUAAACAAUGCACAAAAGGCAGGGAAGUGGGUGAGGAUAUAGAUGAGACAAGGUAGGCCAUGGAUUGAUAAAUUUUUUGUGAAGAUUUAUUUAUCUAUUUGAAAGGCAGAAUUACAGGGGGCAGGAAGGGAGAAACGGAAACAGCAUCAUCUACUGGUUCAUUCCCCAAAUGGCCAGGACAACAGCGGGAGCCAGGAACUCUGUCCAGGUCUCCCACGUGGAUGGCAAGGGCUCAAGCACUUGGGCCAUCUUCUGCUUCCUUCUCAGACACACUAGCAGGGAGCUGGAUCGGAAGCGAAGAGCCAGGACUCAAACCAGAGCUUGAACAUGGAAUGCUGGUAUUGCAAGCUUAACCCGCUGCACCACAGCACUGGCCCCGGGUUGAUAACUGUUGAAGCAGGGAGGUCCCUGGCUGUCGCGCUGAAAUGAACCCCCAGCACUCCUCCGUCUACGAUGGCCACCCUUAACUCAGCCUCUCCCACCGGCACCACCCCCUCUCCCCGGCACAAUGCCCCAUCCCCAGCUCCGGACCCCGCCUCCUGCGGCACCCCCUCUGAUCCUGUCACCAAAGAUCCCCCUGCUGUCCCCUCCAGCUCUGAGAGCAUGAGGCCCUCAGAGCCGGGGGGACAGCCCUCAGAGUCGGGCUGUGGCCUCGUCCCACCAAAGGAGACUGGGGAGCCCCAGGGAGAGCCUGGCAGUGGCGGCUUCCUAGCCGAAGGCCCCGGGGUGGACCAGGAGCAGCAGCAGGAAGGAGGGCUCCCUCCCCUGGACCUAAGCAACCACUUGUUCUUCACGGCGGGCGGGAAUGCCUACCUGGUGGCCACGCUGCCCCUGCCAGGCGGCAGUGACCUCCUGUUACCAAAGGGCUUUCCCUGGGGCGAGGCAGGCGGCGAGCAGGAGCCCAGCCUGCCCCUCCUUGCCCAGCCGCCCCCCGCACACCUCACUGCCCUUCAUGUCCAACGUGGCUUUGACCCAACCCAAGGCUUUAGCUCUUCUGACCAAAUUCUGUCCCAGGAUACCUCAGCGCCAUCUCCGGACGCCUGUGAGGGAAGGGAUGGAGCCUUCUGGAGCUACCGGCUGGCUCCCAACCCACCCGGAGAUCCCAAAGAUGGCCCCACAGGGAGUGGCGGGGGAGGCCACCCGGCGCCCUUUUGGCUCUGCCUCCUGUGCCGCCUGGGCUUCGGCAGGCCCCAGGCCUUCGGGAGCCACGCACAGUCUCACGGGGUGACGCUAAGCCCUGCCCAACACCAGGGCCUGCCGGGCAGCCCAGCUGUGCUCUGGGAGGGGGACAAGGGCUGCACGGCCCUCAUGAGCUUUCUGGAACCAAAACCCCCUGCCCGCGCCCCUCCGGAGAUAGCCCCUCAUGACGGCACCACGGUCAACGCAGAGGCGAACGCAGCCCAGACCGAGGUUGGCUCCCCCGAGGCAAGAGUCCAGGCCCUCGUCCUCCCCACUGAAGAAGUCAUGGCCCUCAGCCCACCCUCCCCAGCCACAACCCCGGCCACCUGGGACCCCAGCCCAACCCAAGCCAAAGAAUCGCCAGGAGCAGCAGGCGAGGCAGGGCCAGACUGGUUCCCUGAGGCGCAGGACGAGGAUGGAGGGCCCUGCCCCCCACUCAACCAAAGCUCACCCACCUCCAAGGAGGGGGGCACUCUCCCCGCCCCCGUGGGCUCCCCGGAAGACCCCAGUGAGCCACCCCAGCCCUACCGCCUCGCUGACGACUACAGCCCAGUCCCUGCGGCCUUCCAGGGCCUCAGCCUGUCCAGCCACAUGUCCCUGCUACACUCACGCAACUCCUGCAAGACACUCAAGUGUCCCAAGUGCAACUGGCACUACAAGUACCAGCAGACCCUGGACGUGCACAUGCGGGAAAAGCACCCCGAGAGCAACAGUCAGUGCAGCUACUGCAGCGCCGGGGGCGCCCACCCGCGCCUCGCCCGCGGGGAGAGCUACAACUGCGGCUACAAGCCCUACCGCUGCGACGUCUGCAACUACUCCACCACCACCAAGGGCAACCUCAGCAUCCACAUGCAGUCGGACAAGCACCUCGCCAACCUGCAGGGCUUCCAGGCGGCACCCGCCGGCGGCUGCGGCGGCAGCGGUGGAGGUGGAGGUGGUGGCGGUGGCGGGCAGGGAAGUCCCCCAGAGGCCUCCCUGCCGCCCUCCACCGGGGACAAAGAGCCCAAGACCAAAUCGUCCUGGCAGUGCAAGGUGUGCAGCUACGAGACCAACAUCUCCCGCAACCUGCGCAUCCACAUGACCUCCGAGAAGCACAUGCAGAACGUGCUGAUGCUGCACCAGGGCCUGCCGCUGGGCCUGCCUCCUGGGCUGGUGGGGCCGGGCCCGCCUCCCCCACCAGGGGCUGCCCCGCCCAACGCGCCUGAACUCUUUCCAUACUUUGGGCCCCAGGCCCUGGGGCAGCCCCAGGCCCCCUUGCCUGGCCCCGGGAUGAGGCCCGACAAGCCCCUGGAAGCCCAGCUGCUUCUCAAUGGCUUCCACCACCUUGGAGCACCUGCCCGCAAGUUCCCCACACCUGCCCCCGGCAGCCUCUCCCCUGAUGCCCACCUGCCUCCAAGUCAGCUCCUGGGCUCCUCGUCCGACGGUCUGCCCACCUCGCCGCCCCCAGAGGACAGCCCAUCCCUGAAGGUAUUCCGCUGCCUGGUGUGCCAGGCCUUCAGCACGGACAGCCUGGAGCUGCUGCUCUACCACUGCAGCGUAGGCCGCAGCCUCCCCGAAGCCGAGUGGAAGGAGGUGGCCGGCGACACCCACCGCUGCAAGCUCUGCUGCUACGGCACCCAGCUCAAGGCCAACUUCCAGCUCCACCUCAAGACGGACAAACACGCUCAGAAGUACCAGCUGGCGGCCCACCUGCGGGAGGGUGGUGGGGCCCUGGGCGCCCCCUCCCCGAUGCCCCUGGGAGAGGGGGCUCCGUAUGGAUCUGUCUCCCCGCUGCACCUGCGCUGCAACAUCUGUGACUUUGAGUCCAACAGCAAGGAGAAGAUGCAGCUGCAUGCCCGGGGCUCAGCCCAUGAAGAAAACAGCCAGAUCUAUAAGUUUCUGCUGGAAAUGGAGGGAGCAGAGGCAGGGGCCGAGCUGGGGCUGUACCGCUGCCUGCUGUGUGCCUGGGAGACGCCCUCCCGCUUGGCAGUGCUGCAGCACCUGCGCGCACCUGCGCACCGCGACGCCCAGGCCCAGAGGCGUCUGCAGCUGCUACAGAGCGGCCCGGCAGCCGAGGAAGGACUGGCAGCUCUGCAAAGCAUCCUGAGCUUCAGCCACGCGCAGCUCCGGGCUCCCGGGAAAGCUCCUGUCAUCCCCUCGGCCGAGCCGCCCACCCCUGAGAAAGAUGCCCAGCACAAGACAGAACAAGCGGCUUCUGAAGAGGCGGAGAACAAGACUGGCCCUUCCAGAGACGGUGCCAACCAGACCACGGUGUACUGCUGUCCAUACUGCAGCUUUCUGAGCCCAGAGUCUGACCAGGUGAGAGCUCAUACACUCUCCCAGCAUGCAGUGCAGCCCAAAUACAGGUGUCCGCUGUGCCAGGAGCAGCUGGUGGGCCGGCCUGCCCUGCACUUCCACCUCAGCCACCUUCACAACGUGGUGCCCGAGUGCGUGGAGAAGCUGCUGCUGGUGGCCACAACAGUCGAGAUGACCUUUACAACCAAAGUGCUGCCGGGGCCCACGCUGAGCCCCCCGGAGGACGGCCCUGAGCCCCCCACCCCUGGGCCAGAGCAUACGGUCAGCAGAGAGCAGGCAGCAGCCUCUUCUGUCUCCUCAGAAGGCCCCAAGCUGCCCCCAGAAGCCAGUCCAGAUCCUCUUCCCGAGCCUGCGCUGGCCCCAGUCGAGGUCCCGGAGAAGACCUCAGGAAGCCCGGAUCCAGCCCCUUCACCAGCCGCCUCUCCAGUGCCCCGGCCUGACGCUCAAGCUGAAGAAGUGGCCCCUCCACCCACCACAGCCGAGGAGGAAGAGGGGAGCAUGGGGGAGCCCCGCUCUGCAGAGCCCACGCCAGCUGACCCUCGCCACCCUCUGACCUACCGGAAGACCACGAACUUUGCCCUGGACAAGUUUCUCGACCCUGCGCGGCCCUAUAAGUGCACCGUGUGUAAGGAGUCCUUUACACAGAAGAACAUCCUCUUGGUUCACUACAAUUCUGUGUCCCACCUGCAUAAGAUGAAGAAGGCCGCCAUCGACCCCUCUGCCCCUGCCAGGGGAGAGCCGGGGGCCCCGCCCACUGCUGCCACCGCCGCAGCUGCCGACAAGCCCUUUAAAUGCACCGUGUGCCGAGUCUCCUACAACCAGAGCUCCACCCUGGAGAUCCACAUGCGUUCGGUUCUGCAUCAGACUCGUUCUCGGGGGGCCAAGGCUGACGCCAAGGCCGAGGGGCAGGAGCGUAGCCAAGAAGAACCCAGGGACGGCGAGAGCGAAGGGGAGGUGGGCGCCGAGAAGAAGGGUCCCGACCCCGGUAGCUUCGUGUCCGGAUUGCCCUUCCUGUCCCCUCCGCCCCCUCCCUUGGACCUGCACCGAUUCCCAGCGCCCCUCUUUACCCCGCCAGUCCUGCCCCCCUUCCCUCUGGUGCCCGACUCACUGCUCAAGCUCCAGCAGCAGCAGCUGCUCCUGCCCUUCUACCUCCACGACCUCAAGGUGGGGCCCAAGCUGGCGCUCGCUGGGCCUGCGCCCAUGCUGACCCUGCCGGCCGCCACCCCUCCUGCCCCGCCCCCGCCCCCCAAAGCUGAGCUGGCCGAGCAGGAGUGGGAGCGGCCCCCCGCAGCCGCCGAAGAGGGGCCCGAGGCAGGGCCCUCCUCACCUCCCCACCCCUCGCCCAACGAGGCCGCCCGCACCGCAGCCAAGGCCCUUCUGGAGAAUUUCGGCUUUGAGCUGGUGAUCCAGUACAACGAAGGGAAGCAGGCUGCGCCGCCGCCCCCGACGCCCCCUCCGCCAGAGGCCCCAGGGGGCGGGGACAAGCUGGCCUGCGGGGCCUGUGGGAAGCUCUUCUCCAACAUGCUCAUCCUUAAGACCCACGAGGAACACGUCCACCGCCGCUUCCUGCCCUUCGAGGCCCUGAGCCGGUACGCUGCCCAGUUCCGCAAGAGCUACGACAGUCUCUACCCGCCCCCCGCAGAGGCCCCCAAGCCUUCCGCUGGGUCUCUGGAUACACCUGCUCCCCAGCUGGGCCCGCCCUUCCUGGUCCCGGAGCCCGAGGCAGGGGGCCCCCGGACCCUUGAAGAGCGGAGCCGGACAGGAGGACGCUGGCUCCCGGAGGAGGAAGAGAGCUCCAGGGGGACUCUCCCUUCCCUGGUGCCCGCGGGCCGCCGCUUCUCCAGAACCAAGUUCACGGAGUUCCAGACCCAGGCCCUGCAGUCUUUCUUUGAGACCAGUGCCUACCCCAAGGAUGGAGAGGUGGAGCGCCUUGCCAGUCUCUUGGGUCUGGCUAGCCGUGUGGUGGUGGUGUGGUUCCAGAAUGCCCGCCAGAAAGCCCGGAAAAAUGCCUGCGAGGGGGGACCCGUGCCAACCGGAGGGGCUGCCGGGGCGGCCUCUGGCUGCAGGCGCUGCCAUGCCACCUUCUCCUGCGUGUUUGAGUUGGUGCGGCACCUUAAGAAGUGCUACGAUGACCAGACCCCCGAAGAGGAGGAAGAAGAGGCAGAGAGAGGAGAAGAGGAGGAAGAAGCAGAGGCGGAGGAGGACGUUGCGGAGGAGGAGCAGGGCCUCGAGCCCCCGGCAGGGCCUGCGGGUCCGCCCCCGGCAGCUCCGGAUGGGGAGGAGCGAAGCCAAACCCAGGCAGCAGAGGUGGCCAGCAAAGAGCCUGAAGGGAAGGCGCCGCCUUCGCCAGCGCCAGCGCCAGCGCCAGCCCACCCCUGUGACCAGUGCGCUGUCUCCUUCCCCAGCCAAGACCUCCUGACCAGUCACCGCCGGCUGCAUUUCCUGCCGGCUGUGCAGCCCAGUGCUCCUACCCAGCUACUAGAUCUGCCCUUGCUGGUGUUCGGAGAGCGAAACCCCCUGGUAGCAGGUACCCCGCCGGCACCGGGGCCACCCCUCAAACGGAAGCACGAGGACGGUAGCCUGUCCCCCACUGGUAGCGAAGCCGGGGGUGGCGGGGAGGGCGAGCCCCCCAGGGACAAGCGCCUGCGUACCACCAUCCUGCCCGAGCAGCUGGAGAUCCUGUACCGCUGGUACAUGCAGGACUCCAACCCCACACGCAAGAUGCUCGACUGCAUCUCCGAGGAGGUGGGGCUGAAAAAGCGAGUGGUGCAGGUCUGGUUCCAGAAUACCAGGGCCCGCGAGAGGAAAGGCCAGUUCAGAAGCACCCCUGGGGGGGUGCCCAGUCCAGCAGUGAAACCGCCUGUCACGCCCAGCCCUGCCCCUUUCCCCAAGUUCAACCUCCUACUGGGCAAGAUCGAUGAUGGGCCUGGGAGGGAGGCCCCAAAGAGGGAUGCACCUGCUUUUCCCUACCCCACAGUCCCGCCUGCCUCUGGGCCCCCGCCUUUCCUACCGCCUGGGAAAGAGGCCACCACCCCAACACCAGAGCCACCCCUGCCUCUCCCGCCUCCUCCACCCCCACCCCCACCCCCUCCCCCCAGUGAGGACGAGGGCCCAGAGGAACCAUCUAAACCUUCUCCGGAGAGUGAGGCUUGCAGUCCGUCUGCAGGAGAUCUGAGUGACUCGUCGGCUUCCAGCCUGGCUGAACCAGAGUCCCCAGGAGCUGGGGGGACCAGCGGGGGAGCAGCAGGCGGGCCUGGGGUUCCAGACGGAAUGGGGCAGCGGCGCUACAGGACCCAGAUGAGCAGCCUGCAGCUGAAGAUCAUGAAGGCCUGCUACGAAGCCUACCGUACCCCCACCAUGCAGGAGUGCGAGGUGCUGGGGGAGGAGAUCGGACUGCCCAAGAGAGUUAUCCAGGUCUGGUUCCAGAACGCUCGUGCCAAGGAAAAGAAGGCCAAACUGCAGGGGGCGGCCGCUGCGGGGGCUGCAGCCAGCAGCGAGGGCCCACCGGCAGCCCAGCGCACGGACUGCCCCUACUGUGACGUCAAGUACGAUUUCUACGUCUCCUGCCGAGGCCAUCUCUUUUCCCGCCAGCACCUGGCCAAGCUCAAGGAGGCAGUCCGGGCCCAGCUGAAGAGCGAAAGCAAGUGCUAUGACUUGGCCCCAGCACCCGAGGCACCUCCGGCUCCCAAGGCCCCACCUGCCACCACACCUGCCUCUGUGCCCCUCGGGGCCACCCCAGCCCUGCCUCGCCUGGCCCCGGUCCUCUUGUCUGGCCCAGCUCUGGCCCAGCCCCCGCUGGGCGGCUUAGCUCCUUUUAAUUCAGGCCCUGCAGCCUCCUCAGGCCUCCUCGGCCUUGCCACUUCGGUCCUGCCUGCUACCACAGUGGUCCAGACUGCUGGCCCAGCCCGCCCUUUACCUCAGAGACCCGGGCCCGACCAAACCAACACUUCCGCAGCAGCAGGCACCACCGACCCCGUCCCGGGCCCGCCUCCCGAGCCCCCAGGGGACAAGGUCUCCGGUGAACGAAAGCCGCCUGGGGCCCCUGCCAACUCCUCCACUGAUGCCCUCAAGAACCUCAAAGCACUGAAGGCCACUGUCCCAGCCCUGUUGGGGGGCCAAUUCCUGCCCUUCCCAUUGCCCCCUGCAGGGGGGGCGGCUCCGCCAGCUGUCUUUGGCCCCCAGUUACAGGGCGCCUACUUCCAGCAGCUGUACGGCAUGAAGAAGGGGCUGUUUCCCAUGAACCCCGUGAUACCUCAGACCCUCAUUGGGCUGCUCCCCAAUGCCCUCCUCCAGCCACCGCCCCAGGCCCCCGAACCCACAGCCACAGCGCCUCCAAAGCCUCCUGAACUGCCCGCCCCAGGAGAGGGCGAGGCCGACGACCUGCUGACGGGCAGCCCCGGCAUCUCCACGGUGGACGUGACUCACCGCUACCUGUGCCGCCAGUGCAAGAUGGCGUUUGAUGGGGAGGCCCCGGCUACUGCCCACCAGAGGUCCUUCUGCUUCUUUGGGCGGGGCUCUGCGGGCUCCAUGCCGCCCCCGCUGCGGGUGCCCGUUUGUACCUACCACUGCCUGGCAUGUGAGGUGCUGCUGAGUGGGCGAGAAGCCCUGGCCUCCCACCUGCGCUCCUCGGCCCACAGGCGCAAGGCGGCCCCGCCCUCCGGGGGCCCACCCACCACUGUCACCAACGCUGCCACUGCUGCCACAGCUGCUGUGGCUUUUGCCAAAGAGGAAGCAAGAUUACCUCACACGGACUCCAACCCAAAAACUACUACUACCUCUACACUUCUAGCUUUAUAAACAGAUAAACCAAGAUAGGGAGAGGGGAGGGCCUCAGGGCGCCCUCUUUUGCCCCAAGGGGUGUUUGGGGGGAGCUCAGAUCCCUCACCCCAACCCUCGGCUCCGCCCACCUUGUGGGAAUCUCCACUCCCACCCUCUGUGGGCUUCACACCCCACCUCCAGCAGAGUCCCGCCUCCUCCCCCAGACCCACACACAUGCACACACACCCUCACCCGCCAGUCCUCGCAGAUGGAGCCCUCAGCCCAGCUCUUUCCUGAGGACUCACACGUGCCCGCCCGCCCGCCAUAUGCAACAGCGAGCCUUGGUUCCAUCUUCCUCCCCACUGAACUCCCAGCGCGCCCCCAUUCCUGUAAACACACACACACCACCCCGUGCUACUCCACUGAGAAAACACCAAAAAAAAAAAAAAAAAAAAGCAGCAGCAGCAGAAGCAGCAGAAGAAAACCCAAGACAAAGAGGGGGAGAAGAAAACAAAUGAACUGCCACUCCCUCUUCUCCUUCCUCCCCCGUUAGAGCGCCACACCGCUCACAGACUUUCCAAAUACCCAGCUGGCUCCCAGGGCUGGGGCCCGGAGGGCAGGGAGCCCUUGGGACUCUAACCAAACUGGAGGUUGCGGGGAGACAUGGGGGCAGUGCUCCCAGUUCCUGCUCCCCGGCUCCCUCCUCCCUGCAGCCUGGACUCGGGGAAGCCGCUGCCAGGAAGCCCUCUGCCAGCCCCCUCCCUGCACCCUGGGAACUGCAGCAACUUAUUCUCAAAGGCUUUAAACCGAGAUCCUCUCAGCAGCUGUGGGCCUGCCCCUUGUCCUAGCCCUGUCACAUGGUGGGGGGGAGGGGGCCAGCCUCCCGGGACCAGCGCUGCCCACCAAUGGCAAAUCCAAAGUUCUUUUAAAAAAAAAAAACUGAAACACACACACAACCAAAAAAAAAAAAAAAAAAAAGAAACCCCAACUAAACAAAAAUGAGAGUGCAUGUGCACAUAGGCACGACGGAGAGAUGGAGAGACCAGAGGAAUGAACUAAAAAACUUGAAAAUACAGAGAAAAAAACUCUCCCACCAAAAAAGUGGUUUUUCCUGUCUGUGUAACUUGCCCCCUUCUUCAGGGCUUCUGUAAGCCAGCUCGCCUCUGGAAGAUGGAUGGCUUCACCCCUGGCUGUGGGUCCGGGGUCCUCACAGGACCGUAAGCAGGGCAGCCUUCCCAUGCCAGCCCGUCUCAGAGGUGGGGGCUGGGAGCGGCGAGACUCCCCGAAAUUGAGUACUUAUCAGGACAGGUAGCAUCCCCUUGUUCCCGGCUGUGAGUUAGAAAAGUUUGUUGCCAAGAGAAUCGUGGCAGUCCCAGGAAUCAAAGGGUAUGUGGGGCCACGUGGUUUGUCAGCCCGAGGCGUGCUUACCUCCUGGCCACCGCCCUCUUCUCUCACUUACUUCGUUCACAGACCACUUGCAGGGUCCCCUGUUUCCCAUCUGCUUCCCUCCCCCUCAUCUUCUGCCCUGCUUCCUACCCCCUGCAGCCCAGCCAGCUCCUCCACAAAGCCCCAGGAGGCAGGACCCACCUGAGGGGUCCAGAGCUGAUGUUAGGGGAGCAGAUGGACGGACAAGGAGAUGACUGAGGCACAGGAUGAGUCUCCCUAAUACCAAGGGGACCCACAGACUGACCCAGAGAAAGGGCCUCACCUGUAACUGGGCAACCCCAAAGCCCAGCUGAGCUGGCGAAGGGUAAAGAAGUAAGUGCUUUAUCUUGGCAAAGAAAAGCCUGUGAAAUCCCCAUGCCCUCUGGACAUUUUCUACUCCCUAAGACGUUUCCCCUUUCAAGGCUUUCUCCCAUCCUUCCCCUGCAGGCUCCUACCGCCAGCAUCCAUGUCAGACCCACACACAGCCCGCCAGGCCUGGGACGUAGGUUUUCUGGUCUCUCGGUCCCUCUGCUGUGUGGCCAUGCUGAUGCAGAAGGAGUGGCUGAUGUGCAGGAAAGAGGGGAAGGGUGCAGAAUUCAGCUCACCCCCCAGUCCCCACGUAGUCUGUGAAUCUCACUUCCUGUCCCAUUUACUUCCGCUCGGGCAAACUGGGGAUGGGGUGGAAUUCGUUAAGCUGAUGAUACCAAAAAUGCAGGUGAGAGGAGAAGAGCGGGCGCCCUGUGCUUGAGCCUGCUGCCACCCUCCUCCCCCUGCCUCUCAGCGUCUCUCUUGUACCCUCUGUCCCUGUCCUUUUCUCUCUACUGCUGAAAUUCUGUGUAUAAAACUAUUUUCUUAGCAGCAUGUGUAUGAGGAAAGAAGCUUUUUCACUCUGUGCUUUCUGGGAAUGUGACUUGUGUAUAAAAAAAAAAAAUGAGAACAAGAGGAAACGUUUUAAAGAAACCCUUGACAAACACCUGGCGUGGGGUGGUUACAGGCGCAGUGUCGGGAAUUCUAGGGGUUGGCAACCAAGGUAGGCUGGCUGCAGUUUGAACUGUGACAUUUUCACUAGGAGUUAACAUAGCCAGAAAUCUCAGCUCUUGCCCUCCAAAGUAUUUUCCUAUACCAUGGACAUUCAAAACAGCAGGCAGGAGUUCACUCAAAGCAACUGUACUUACCUGGGAC